AGAAAGUUAUCAGACAUUGUUUGCUUUCACAACUCUCUCUCUCUCUCUCUCUAAGCUCCCUCAUUCUCUCUCUCUAGCUAGGUCUCCAACCUAUCUACCAUUCUCCUUUCCCCUCUCCUCCCCAUACCCUCUGCUCAAAACUUUCCUUUCUCUCUUAGCUGAAAGCCAUGGAGCAAUUCUCAAACUCGAGACCCACUGCCUUCAUGUACUUGCCAUCCUCAGCUCAAGAAUCACAUCCACCUUUCUAUAACCCUAACCCUAACCCUAGUUCUCUAUACUCCUCCAAGUCCGAAGCAGCAGCGAGCUCCUCACAAAACCCACAUGCAAUUAGACUUGUCUCAACCGAUGACGAGUCCAUCAAGGCCAAGAUCGUCGCCCACCCUCAGUACUCGGCCCUUCUCAGAGCCUACAUGGACUGCCAAAAGGUUGGAGCAUCACCUGAGGUGGCGGGAAAGCUCUCGGCGAUUGCGCGGGAAAUCGAGGCCGACGAGAUGCCAGCUGCGGACCCAGAGCUUGAUCAGUUCAUGGAAGCAUAUUGCAAUAUUUUGGUGAAGUACAGAGAGGAGCUGACGAGGCCACUGCAGGAGGCUAUGGAUUUCUUCAGGAGGAUCGAGGCCCAGUUCAGCUCCCUAACUAACGGAGCUAGAACUGUUUCUAUAUUUUCUUCCGACGAAAAACACGGAGGAGUUUGUUGCUCAGAUCAAGAAGACCAAGACGGCAGCGGGGGUGAAGGCGAGCACAAUGACAAUAUUGACCCUCGUGCUGAAGACAAAGAGCUGAAGCACCAUCUUUUGAAGAAGUACAGCGGAUAUCUGAGUAGUCUGAGGCACGAAUUAUCGAAGAAGAAGAAGAAAGGCAAGCUGCCGAAAGAAGCCAGGCAAAAGCUUCUCAACUGGUGGGAGCUUCACUAUAAAUGGCCAUAUCCAUCGGAGAGUGAGAAAGUAUCACUGGCAGAAUCGACGGGGCUCGAUCAGAAGCAGAUAAAUAACUGGUUCAUAAACCAGAGAAAGAGGCACUGGAAGCCAUCAGAAGACAUGCAGUUCGUAGUGAUGGAUGCUUUUCAGCAGCAAAAUACUGCAGCAUUGUACAUGGGGGGGCAGUAUGUAGGCGAUGGAAGCUACCGUUUAGGCCCAUGAUCCUGUAGACUACAAGUAUUUUUGAGCCACUACUAUCGGUGCUAGCUUAAAUUUUUAAGGGAAAUACUAUACUCAGCAGUUAGCUAGCUACUGUGUUGUGCAUUAAUUUAAUGACAAUCCGCGGUCUGAUUGUUUUCACGUGCUAGUUCGAGUUCCUAUUUACCCUUUUGUUCAUAUUCUUCAGGUUUUACAGUUUUUGAGAUUAAAAGGUUGACGACGUCUGA